AUGUCCUCGGGACAAGGUGGUGUCAAGAAUAGGCGAAUUUCGCUGGGUUCGCCUACCGAUUUAAAGGAAGUGCACUUUUUUGAGGAAGAAGAGGUCCCAAGUAUUCCGCCAACCGGAGCUAGAGUUAAGGUAAAUAAUAUUUCAUGAAGUUAUUGAAAUUUUAGACCAUACACUAAUCUGACAUGAAUAACUUAAUUUUUACUUAAAUGCGAAUAAUUAAUGGCUGCUUUUUUUGUUAUUAUAUGAGUAAAAAUAGAUCAUAAUGCAUGGUAUUGUAAAGUUUCAUUAUGUUUUGGGUUAAAUUUAAGGAUUUAAUAGAAGUUGUUUUAGGUGUGCUAUGCUGGUGUAUGUUUGACUGAAAAAGAGAUUACUAACACAAAACAAGCUAGGAUUACAAAUGGUGUUAAGGAUACAAGUCUGUUUCCGGGUAUGUCAGUUUUACUUGUUUUGUUUUUGAUUUAGAAAGUUUGGGGAUUUUUUAUUGCGUAAAGACUAUCAAUGUGUACUACAAUAUAAUAUUCUAAGUUUAUUGGCCAUAAAUGUCGUUUGCCUUUAUUGGAUCUACUGUUAUAUAUUAAAAACUGUUAAUAAAAUGCUAUUUUUCAGGUUACGAAGUGUCUGGCGUGAUUGAAUCUUUCGGUGAUCAAGCCAAGCCAGAAGAACAUGAGCUUAAAGUUGGUGAUAAGGUUAUUGUCUGGCCUACUGAUGAAAUGACUAAGCAUGGUUAUGCUGACUUUGUUUCUGUGCCUCAGCUGUCUUUGUUGGUUAAGAUUCCAGACAGUAUGAGCAUGCACGUAGCUUCAAUUCUGCCUGCCGGUGCUACUUGGGCUUUGUCGGCUGUUGUUCAUGUAAGUUAAUAUCAAUUUUACGCGUUCUUGUGCUGUCUCUUUAGAAGUUAAAGCUUUGUUUUGAGUAUUUAUAGAAAGAUUUAUAUAAUUUCAGGCCAGACCCAUUGUUGAAGCUUUGGCCGCCUCGAAGGGCUUCUGUAACAUCUUGAUUGUUGGAGCUGGAGGUCUGGGCUUGUGGUUGUUGAAGUUGGCCAAGCACUUCUUGGCUCAGCCGGAAAAGAAGAUUAAGAUCAUGGUUGCUGAUGCGAAGGAAGAACGUUUGUGUUUGGCUGAAAGAAAUGGAGCCGACUUUGUUGUUCAUUGGGACGAUUCGGGUACGUUAUAUUGUUAUUGAGUUUAACUUUUACGUUUUGAUACGUUGGAGCGCUGUUUAAUGAUAUUUCGGUUUAAAAAAGUUAUGUCUAUAGUACCACAAAAAAUGACAAAAGCGACCUACUUAUGCCUAAAAAUCUGCGCUGGUAUGAGUCGAAACUAGCUAUGACUACAGAUUUCAAUAUAAACUCAUUUUUUUUUGUUUUCAGAAUUCGAAGAAUACCUGAUCAUGCGUACCAAAGACGUAGCCCGUACUGGAGUUCAAAUUGUAUUUGAUUUUGUCACUUCUCCCCGUACCGUAACUCGUUCACUGAAGUGUCUAGUAGAAGGUGGAGUUCUCUUUGUUGGAGGUCUUUCGGGUCUCGAUGUACAACUUCCAAUCAAAAUGGUAGCCACAAACCGAUUGGCCAUUAUGGGUGUAUCUAGAGGAUCUAUUGAUCAGCUCAAAUCCUUGGUUCAUCUUAUCUCGGAUGGCCAAAUUGAAGCUCCUGACUACCGUAUCUACCCCGUGAAUCAGGCAUCUCAAGUGUUGAGACAAUUGAGUAUGUCCGAAGUUGAAGGCCGUGCCAUUCUGGAGGUUUGGGACCCGGACAAGCCUGCUGAGGAAAAGAGUCAAAAUCCACAGUAA